AACAAGUCCAAACCUCUAUCGAAACAUUGCAAGAACUUCAGUAUUGGUGCCACAAUCCAAGCGAGUGGACGUGCGUUCAAUCCGAGGAUGUGCAAAGUGUCUCAACGAAUGCAUCACUAGCCGCAAAUUGAUCUGUACCCAGCGAAUCGAAUACUGUUCAUCGACCUUCAGCUGUUUCUGUCACCGGCUCGCGGAGAUGUGAAAUACGCGAGGUCAAGAUCAAGCAGGUGAAGUGACUGACCCAUUUGCCAAACAUCACCCGUGAAUAAUGACAUUACCAGCAGAUAUUCGUUUUCGCCUCGACAGAGCCAACUCGGAAGAUGGGAGGGACUCAUUUUGAUAUGUUGCAGUCCAGUCUCCGAUGAACUUGUGAAUUCAGUGAUCUUAAUAGCUUCUUAACAUUGUGAGAAAAUGGCACUUAAUCAUGCUCUCGGUGCUGUCAUCGUAUUAACUUGCUUUCUUUGUUAUUACAAUAGUUACUAUUGCGGUUUCGUAUUUGACGAUAUCAGUGCCAUCAAAGAGAAUCGGGAUCUGAGACCACAUUCUCCGUUGAUGAAUAUUUUCGUCAAUGACUUUUGGGGUACCCCAAUGCACAAGGAACAAAGCCACAAAUCGUAUCGACCGCUGUGCGUUCUAACGUUCAGAUGGAACUAUUUGCUUUGGCAAUUAGAGCCGAUGGGAUACCAUCUGGUGAACAUGCUUCUCCACUCUGUGGUCUGUCUGAUGUAUUUCAGGUAACGGGAGUUGUUGGAAGAGCGGAAACACUUUCAUCGGUCUUCUUUCUGGCAGCUUUCAUCCUAUACAGCAAGGCGACCAGGAGUAAAAAGUAUACAGGGAACCUCGAUGAUGGUACUACCCUUCAUUCCAGCCUCGAAUCUCUUUUUUCCUGUAGGUUUCGUCGUAGCAGAAAGAGUCCUCUACAUGCCCUCCAUGGGCUUCUGUAUGCUGGUAGGAUACGGUUUUCACCUUUUGUCUCAAACUAAAGGAAAACAGCUGGUUUACCUGUUCCUCUGCCUGCUUCUUUUGUGCCACGGCAGCAAGACGUACUUGAGAAAUUGGGACUGGGAAAACGAGUAUACAAUAUUCAUGUCGGGACUCAGGGUCAACCAGAAAAACGCUAAGUUGUUCAAUAAUGUAGGGCAUGCCUUGGAAAGUCAGGGAAAUUUUCAGGAGGCGCUGAAGUUUUUCAAGACUGCCGUUAGCGUUCAAGAAGAUGACGUUGGAGCUCACAUCAACGUAGGCCGCACCUACAACCAUCUCAAGAUGUUCAAAGAAGCCGAAGAGGCCUACUUGAAGGCGAAAUCUCUCCUCCCGAAGGCAAAGCCGGGGGAGUCAUAUCAAGCGAGAAUAGCCCCGAAUCACUUAAACGUUUUCCUGAACUUGGCCAACUUGAUCUCGAAAAACUCUACCCGGCUGGAAGAAGCGGAUAUGUUGUACCGACAGGCGAUUAGUAUGAGGGCAGAUUACACUCAAGCAUAUAUUAACAGAGGGGAUAUAUUGAUAAAGCUGAACAGGACAAAGGAAGCACAAGAGGUUUACGAAAGAGCUCUUUUGUAUGAUAGCAACAAUCCGGAUAUUUAUUACAAUCUCGGUGUAGUUUUUCUGGAACAAGGCAAAGCCUCUCAAGCCCUUGCCUACCUAGACAAGGCCCUGGAAUUCGAUCCUGAGCAUGAGCAAGCACUCCUGAACUCAGCCAUCCUCCUGCAAGAGUUUGGAAGACCAGAACUGCGAAAAAUCGCCAAGGAACGCCUCCUGAAGCUAUUAGGCAAGGACCCUGACAACGAGAGGGUGCACUUCAACCUGGGGAUGCUCGCCAUGGAUGAGAAGGACAUUCAGGAGGCCGAACACUGGUUCAGGCGGGCUGUCCAUCUGAAGGCAGACUUCCGUAGCGCCCUCUUCAAUCUGGCUUUGCUGCUGGCCGAUGAUCAGCGCCCCCUGGAGGCAGCGCCUUUUUUGAAUCAGCUCGUCAAGUAUCAUCCGGACCACGUCAAGGGGUUGAUUCUACUCGGGGAUAUUUAUAUAAAUAACAUCAAAGACUUGGAUGCUGCUGAAAAUUGCUACCGAAGAAUCUUAGAGCUAGACCCCGAAAAUAUACAAGGUCUUCAUAACCUCUGCGUGGUUCACGUAGAAAGAGGCAAACUCUUGGAAGCCCAAUCCUGCUUACUGGAAGCCCACAAACUAGCUCCCGCAGAAGACUAUGUCUUAAAACAUCUCCAUAUCGUCCAAAACCGCAUCUCAAAAAUAUCUCUGGACUCCAGGGAUCACACCGAGUCAGACGCAAGUCCAAAGGAGAAAAGCAAAGUCGUUUCUAAUAAGAGCAUCGAUGAAACCGACAAGGAGACAAAACCGGUAGUGUCUGGUGACUCAGAAGAGCAGAGAUAUAGCAGCAGAGUAGUGAAUACUGAACCGAUGUUCGUGAAGAACGUAGACAGUAUCGAUUACGUGGAUUACUCGGUGAAUGAAGCGCCAUUUGUGGAAAGUUCCGACUCCAAUAGAAGCGAAUGGGGAGAUAUCGGCACCGACAGGGAUGACCCGUCUUCUGGCAUGUCCUAAAAACCCUCGUUGAAUCUUAAAAAUUCGUUGUAUAAAAAUCUCGAUUGAGAAAUUUUUAUACCAGCCACUAGGUGUAGUGUUCAUUCUGUGAUACUCAGAAUAAUCGUUUUAAUUUAUAUUUUUAUCCUUAUUCUGAAUAAGUCUACUUUAACUUUUAUAUUAACAGCAUGCAAAAACUACACUAACGUGACUUAAGGUUCACAAUCAUUUUAAUUUUUUAUGUAAAAAUAGUGUCUAUAUUAUGAAAUGAGAAGAGAUUCUGUAUUUUUGUGACUAUCACGAAAACAGGAGAAAGAUGAUCAAAUCAAGAAUCUGGAAUCGGAAUCUACUGACUUUGUGAAGUCAUUUUAUGAAUUGAUGGUCCACAGAUUGAUCAGCUGUCUCCUCGGAAUAUUAUUUUUUGUUGAAUUCGUUUGUGAUCAAUUUGUGAUUAAAUAGGCUAUUUUUGUGAAAAUAUUUCGAGGCUUCAUUUGAAUUUAGGUUCAAUUUUUAUAUUUUGAACAUUUUAGCAUACCUGUGCUUACUAUACGUUUUGAGUAUACUGUAGAGAAGGAGUACCUAUGUUGAACUGAGUCAACAGCAUUUUUUGUAGCGAAUAUUUACUUAUGAAGCUUGGCAUUCGCGAUUCUUCAUACGGAAAUGGUGAUGACGAAUCAAUGAAGUUUUGGUAAUUACUGAAAAAAAAAUUCAAUGUUUUUUGUCUCAUGUGUGACAUUC